AUGCAGCCAGCACGUGCCGGCCAACUGUCCAUUCCGCCACAACGGCACCCAACUACCCAACUCCUCCUCUCUCCAACCUUGCUGGCCCGCCCGCCUUGUUCUUUGCAUACGACCGGCCUGCUGCCUGGCGUCUCAGAAAGGCUUGAAUGGCCUAGUGCCUGGCCUACGGAGAUUUCUUGGGAAUCAACAGCACAAAUCUCUGCAACUUCCAUGGACAAUAUCACCGUUUGA